GAUGAUGAUUUUUUUUAAUGUUAUUUAUUUAUUUAUUUAUUCUAGGGGCGGGGCUUCAGAAGUGAUGAAACGCUCCGCGUGCAGUUCUGCUUUCCAGCUCGCACACACACGCACGGACGCACGCACACACACACGCACAGAACGCGAAAACUUCAGAUCAGUGAUGAGUCCCGGAGAAGUUCACGGUUGGAGCCGCGCGCGCCAGCAGCGUGUGUGAGUUCACGCAGCGCCUGGAGCAGAUUACGCCGUCGCUCGGACCCAGCGCGCGCUCUUCCUUUUCCUCUUCCCUCCUUCUUCUUCUUCCUCUUUCCCUUUCACCUUCAUGCCACCCAGUGAUGACAGAUGUGGGCGACAAUGUUUGGGGAUCAGAGUAGCGAGCAGCUCACGAGGAAGUGCGCCGCCGCCGUUCAGCUCGCAACGCUGCGUUAAAUCCGUCCGAACGGAAGAGUUUCGUGGCGCGCGCCGGACCGUCAACCUACCGCAGGGAUGCGAGAUUAUUCUGCGCUCACUUUGGGCUUUCUGUCUUUUCUGUUCAGCCGCUGCUUCUUCUUCUCUGCGCUACUGCAGCACACUCAUGGAGAACUGCAGAAGUCCUGCUCUAGAGCUCCGGCUGUUCACCUGGAGAACACAUGCAACCUUCCCUGCUACUGCAGACCAUAUCCACUGUUACCUCCACCUCCUCCACCUCCACCUCCACCCAGACUCUUCUCUCCUACAGUUGCUCCAUCCAUCGUGUCUCCACCUGUGAAGCCCUGGGGAAGAGAGGUGGAGAUUUUAGUGCUGGGAACAGUUAGCUGUGCAUCAGUCGUCUUCCUCUUCCUCACUGUCAUCAUCUGCUACAAGGCUAUUAAAAGGAAACCGCUACGAAAAGAGGAGAACGGGACGAGCCGAGGAGAAUACGCCAUGAGCUCUCGCUGCAAGCAGACUGCGGUGGAGACCAACAACACUGGAGUAUAGCAGAAAGAGGAAGUCACUGAGGCUCCGUCAUAACCAGGAGCUGAAAAGUCGUCAGAGACGCAAUAACUGUAUCACAGCAGCAGUGAUGGAGCUCUGAACCAUGGCUUUGUUUAACUUUUUUUUUUUUUUUUUUUUUUUUUUUAAACUUUACAUUGUGAUUGACUUGUGACAAAAUAAAAAGGCAAAUUGGACGAGUGAAGGAACAGUAAAGAAUUAGUGGAGGACGAGUGAAGGACAGGUGGAGGACGAGUGAAGGACGAAUGAAGGAUGUGUAAGGCCAUGUGAAGAACAAGUGGAGGACGAGUGGAGGAUGUAUAAGGCCAUGUGAAGGACGAGUGGAGGACUGUGGAGGAUGUGUAAGGCCAUGUGAAGGAUGCAUGGAGGAAGAGUGGAGGAUAUGUAAGGCCAUGUGAAGGACGAGUGAAGGACAUGUGGAGGAUGAGUGGAGGCUUGAGGCUCAUUGUUCUGUUAGACACUGAAGGCUUCAGACCUUUCACAAGACUUUAAAACUCUCAAUAAACCCAACAACACAUGGCAUGCACUUUCUACUGAAGGCAUCGUCUCUGGUCUCCUCACCUCCGCUCUCUCCGCACUGUCCCCAUGUCUCCUGUAAAUAAAGUCAGUAUCGAUUGCAGAUGCCGUCUGAAGCUGGGAUGAAAGUUAAAGUGGAACUCGAUGAGGAAACAAACAGGUGUUUUUAUUUCUUUUAUUUUAUUUGUAUGACUAUGCAACUGGAAAGGAUUUAAAACCCUAGUGGUGCAUGUUCAUGAUAAUAAAAUACGUUAGCAUAAACUGCUGCUAAUCACUCUGACGUUUGCUAACGUACUCGAAGGCUUUACUCUGAGCUAAUAAGCUGAACACACCUCAUUCACUGCACACAAACUGACUGUUAAUUAACCCAGUAUCAUUAAGGAAGCCAAAAAGAUCCAAAACAAUGUGUUGUGUUUUUUUUUGUUUGUUUUGGGGGAUUCAGAUUAUAAUGGGAAAGAUUUUCUUUACUUUACUGUCUUUGUGUUAGUGUUGUUUAUAUGUAAUUGUUGUUUAUUGUUUUUAUUCUUGUUCUUUUUUCUGUUCUUCUAUUUCAUUUAUUUGCAUUGGGAAUUAUCUUUUGUUUCCUGGUGUUUUUAGGCAGUUAUUCUGUUUGGUGUCAUGUUUGUUUUUUUGUUGUUUGUUGUAUUAUUGGAUGUGCUUUGUUUAUUUUAGGCUUUUUUUGUGUGGGUUUGUUUGUUUGUUUGUUGCUGUUGUUUUGUUUUGUUUGCUUGUUUUAAAGAAACAUAUUCCAUCCUUCAGCAGUAAUUAUUAAUCAGACAGUAAAGUCAGGACCUGGAAUUAGCUUUAAAGGGGAAAAAAGAAGAACGAUAAAGAGUUUAAGAGUUAAAUUUAUUUAUUCUCAAACAGAAUCCAUGAGUUUGUGUGAAAAGAAACUUUGUGUGUAUUGUACAAUUUAACACCAAAAAAUAAACAAACAUUUAGGAAAAUAUUAGAGGAAACAGUUUAGUGAAAAAAAAAGUUUAUUUUAUUUUAAUGUAAAAUAGAGCUUGAAAUAAUGAGAUAAUAACUUAUCAUCCUUAACACAACAUCCUUAAACUGUGGUGACUUUUUGAACCACUGCUUUGUUUCAUAUGAAGUUAAGAAUAUGAAUUUGUUUAAAAGCGUAAAAUCAUUUCCAUGUAUUCCAUAACAGAGCUGUUACCACUGAUGUCUCAAACACUACAAAUAAGCUACAUAACACGUCGUUCUUCUGUUGUUAGACCUGAGGGCAAAAGUUUGUGCUGGUUUGUUUGGUUGCCUCUCGAUAUGACUGCAUGUUUAUUACACAGUCGAGUUACGAGUGAGUGGGAAUCACAACCAGCUUCCACCAGAGCUGGAGAAGAAGAUAAACACAAAUCAAUAGAAUCACAAAGACAAACUGACUCUAAAAAUGAAAAAAUAAAACUGUUUAAAGUGCAUUCAGUAAGUUCAGCGGUCAUAAAGGUCAGAUAUGAAGCUCCUGCUUUAUUCAUUCUUUCAGAGUUUUUUUCCUUCAGGAAGCUUUCCAAAGCUUUUAGGAGGAUAAGAACCUUCUCUACACAAAGAACCUCGAAAGACCUUUUUUUCCUGAGAAAAAAACAGAUGGCAAAAUGCUGAACAUCCUACACACUUCCCCAGUUAAAGCAUAUAAGCUUGAAAAAAAGAAAAUUGUGGGAUUCCUACAUCAUCCUUUAAAGGGAUUUUUGGUUAAUUAUAUUUCUCAGGCAUGUAACAAACACCUCACUUAACAUUUAUUACAGCCUCAACCAGAAGAUAUAUAGAACAAACAUAUAUAUAUGUGUGUGUGUGUGUGUGUCAUUUUUAAUGAAAUUGAAACCCAUAAUAAGUCUCAGAUUUAUUGGUGUAUAAAUUUUACUAGGUGUAUAAACUCGGAUUUCUGAUCUAAACACGUUCCAGAGCUUCAGCUUGUGAGAACAUGGACGUCAACAGGAAGGACAGACUUGUAUAAAACAUCUGUGUGAUUAAUGAUCAAAAUGACUAAAAUAACUCUCUUGUUCUUCUUAAAGACGAUUACAGUCUGGCUGAAAUCUACAGAAUUAUGUUACUUUAAUUAUGUAACACAAAAUCUACAUAUUAAGUAACACUGGGCUUUAAAUGAGUGUGUGUGCGCGUGCGUGUGUGUGUUUUCUUGUUAAAGAAUUUCAUGUCAAUGAACAAAAAUGGCCCUGCGAUGGGUUGGCACUCCGUCCAGGGUGUAUCCUGCCUUAAUGCCCAAUGACGCCUGAGAUAGGCACAGGCUCCCCGUGACCCGAGGUAGUUCGGAUAAGCGGUAGAAGAUGAAUGAAUGAAUGAAUGAACAAAAAUGUAAUAAAAUAAGAACUCAUAAUGCUAAUAAAGCCUAGCUAACUCUAUAUCCAAGCUAGUUAGUGAAACCAGACAUCUUUCUGCCUUUUGUUUAUGCUAAACGAUCUCCACACAUCUUCAUGAUCUUCUGACGUUAGUUACCUAAUUUAGUUUACGCAAAUUUUUUGUUCAUGUCCCACCACAAGAGGGUGCCUGUGACUGUGUAGUACACAAAAACUUUCACUGAACAGUUGAAGGCAUCACCAGGAUGGUCCAGAGACCUUAAGUGAAUGAUAAGUGAACAAUAAAACACGCAUUCGUGCUAAACCUCCUGAGUCCUUUAGUAUAUUCAGAUAUUAAUAAGAGUAAAAUCACUCUUUUUCUCACUGUUCUGAAUGUAAUGUGGAUAUUUUGUGUUGAUUAUGAAAAUUAAAUUAAAUAAUUUCGAAGAGCACAAACUUUUGCACUCAGCACACAUCUCCACACAUUUCUUUGUGUAUCUUCUUUUAAUAACAUUCAUAACAUUUUGGUUUCCUGAUCCCAUCGUUUAUGUAGCUCCUGCUGGAUCUGAGGACAUUUACAACUCCACAGAUGUGAUGUAAUGGUGGAGAUGUAGUGCUCCUACACAGCAGUGAAUCACUCCAGGGUUUAAAUUCAGUUGUUUAUCAGAUGUAAACGACCAGCAGUACACUCUCGCUCCAUCUCACACUCCAUCAUCUGCUCCAACACACUCAACAUAAACAUGUAUUAUAGUGUACAAACCUUUACUCACUGAUAUAUUGCAUGAAUGUAAAUAUGGCUUUUGCCUUCUGGACCGUGUCAUGUACUGAGCGAGAGACGUGAUGUCUGUGGAAGAUAAACUAUUUAUCAGAUCUGAAGAAAGUGUUGUUGUUUGUCUGAAUCAAGGCAUUAAUGUAUAUUCAUCACAUAACAAAAUGUCAGACGUUAUAUAUUCUGUGCAUUGAUCGAACUCUGCGAAAUGCUAACUUUUUUAAUUUGAAAUAAAACUGUAUUGUUAAAUCUA